CGUGUUCUGUCGGUAGUUUUCGGUUCAUCCCUUUCCUGAGACUUCGUAUAAAACAAACAGUAGAGCUGCUUGCUAUCCUAUCCUGCGGAUUAGCUCGCUUGAUUCUUGGUAACGUUUCCCGUUAAUUACCCCGUUAAUUUGGACCUACUAUCGGUAAAAGAGAUUCCGGUGAUUUUUUUUCGCGGUUCUUCUCUGCUCUCUGCUUCGUACCGGACUCGGAUACACUCGGACCAACGGCUUCUGCUGCUCGGUCCCACUCGGCUCUUGUCGUGUUCUAAUGGACGAAGCGGACUCGGCUACGAAGGCGCUCGGGCUGGAUGAACCGCCCAUCAUCGGCAUCGGCAUGCAGCCGGUGGAGGAAGUGGGCUCCGGCUCGGAUACCGAAUCGGAGGCCGAAGUCACCACGAUGGCCGUGAUGUCGGAACCGGGAAACCUCGACAUGGGAGCCGAGUCCCUGCCGAACCCGGACGAGGCCGAGGCGGCGUUUGCAGAGGUGACGGCUGUGACGGUGGCGGAUGUUCAAGCUGCUGAGGACAAUGUUUAUACCACAACGGUCGCCACAUCAGGAAGUCUCCCUGAACACGUGCUGAGUGGGAGGACAACCCUCCAGCUGGGCGAUGGUCUCAGCACCCAGAAGGCCACCUUGAUCGUGGUUCACACUGACGGCAGCAUCGUGGAGGCUACUGGCCUCAAGUCUGCUGCCACAAUGGCACCAGGCCCACAGACCCCGCCCACCCCGCUGACUCCCCCCCAGGACAAGGACUCCUGCUCCAAGUACAACUGGGACCCCUCAGUCUACAACCAUGAGCUGCCGGUCCGCUGCAGGAACACCAGCGGAGUCCUCUACAAGAACCGACUGGGAUCAGGGGGUAAAGGUCGCUGCAUCAGACACAACCAGCAGUGGUUCUCUCCCACUGAGUUUGAAGGUCUGGCGGGAAGAGCGAGCAGCAAAGACUGGAAGAGGAGUAUCAGAUACGCUGGCAGACCUCUGCUCUGCCUCAUACAGGAGCGUAUCCUGAACCCCCACGCUGCUUCCUGUACCUGUGCAGCCUGCUGUGAUGACCUGACAGGGUGUUCAAAGGACGGAGAGACUCUGGAAGCAGAAAACAUCAGUAUGACUGGUCCAGUACGCCUCUUCGUCCCGUACAAGAGACGGAAAAAGGACAAUGAGCCUCUGGUCACCUCGCCAAAAAAGGAACAUCCAUCUACCAAAAACAUAACGCUGUCCCCGGGGACCACAUUCACGGUGUCCCCGUCAGGACAGUUCACCACCUCCGGUACCUUGACCUUUGACCGCACGUCAUCGGGCGACGCCACCGCAGCCGCAGCCGCUGCUGCUGCCAUCAUCUCAGAAGGCUCAGCGCAGAGCGAGGUGUUCGCGAGCACAGCAGUGCUGACGGCGUUGCCGGCGCUGGCUGUGACUCCUCAGCCGGUUCAGGCCAAGAUGGCGGUGACGGUGGCGGAGGCGUCUCCUUCGGCCGAGCUGGUGAGCGGGCUGGAGGUGGGGUCUGUAGGGGGGUUGGGGUCGGCGGUCAGCGAGGGGCAGAAGAACACCUGGCUGUACCUGGAGGAGAUGGCCAGCACGCUGAUGAGCAACGUCCAGCAGCUGAAGGCUCUGAUCGAGCAGGCUAAAAACUCUACAGGGGACACUGCAGGGGUCAAAGGUCAGGGAGGCAGGAAGGAGUGUGGUCUCACUCAGUCGUUUCAGAACCAGAUCACGUUUCAGCACCCGGACGACUCGGAGGCCAAGAGGAGCUCUGACAUGACCGAGAUCAUCAUCAACCAGAUGUGUGUGAACUGUGGCCGGGUGGCGAUGAGUGAGUGUACAGGCUGUCAUAAGGUCAACUACUGCUCCACCUUCUGUCAGAGGAAGGACUGGAAGGAACAUCAGCACACCUGCUGUCAAUCAGCAGGGGGCGUGGCUGUUCAGGAGGAGGAGUCAAUCACAGCUAUGGACAUGGACAAAGUGAAAUGAAAGUGAAAACAUGAGGUCUUCAGACAGGAAGUCCUCAUAUGGUGCAGAGAGGUUCUGAACACUUAAUAUCUCCUCACUGGAACUUUUAUUUUAAAAGAAGGUCUGUGAUCUCCUGAGAGCUGAACUUGACGUUGAAGUUGGAUGUUUUUCCCAUUCACUUCAAUACGGUCACUACCAGUUUAUUAUGAUGUUUCAGAGAGGAAGGUACGAUGGUUUAGGGGUGUAACUAAUUAUUAUUUUCAUCAUUAAAAUCAUCAUUAGGGUUAUUAAUAAAAUAACCCUAAUGAUGAUUUUUUUAUUUAUUUUUCCUCAGUGACUGUUUCCCCUCUGUUGUUUUAUGAAACAGUAUUUUGCUGCCAUUUUUACUCAUUUAAAUCUCCGUCCAGAGACCGUCCUGGUUAAAUAAAGGUCAAUAAAAUAAAAAAAAUACUAUUAAAUUAACCCCACCCCACCCUGGCCAGUAUUAGAGAUGAGUUAUCUGUUUUCUGUUGUUAAUGGUAUUUUUUAUUUUUCAUCAUUCAUCAUUUUAAAGGCUUUGUUUUUCUUCUUAAAAGACAGUUUUUAUUAUGUGAAAGUUUCAGUCUGUUUUCUACGGAGAAUCAAAGUCCGUAAAGGUACUUUAUAUAAGAUAUUAUUUUUAUUUAAUAAAAAAGAAUCAUCUUUUAGGAUUGUGAAGCUUCUGUUUUUACUUGUGAUUCAAACUUACAAAACUCUAGAAAGACAGAAUACAUGCAGCAGCUGAUUGUGUGAGUCCAGAGCUGCCAGUAUUAAACCAUUAAAUUAAACUAG